UCAUUGCAAUCAUCGCCAUUGUUAAAACUUAAAAGCUAUCGUUGUUAGACACAAAGUGAGAUUAGAGACUCAAAUUUAACCAUCUUCCCAAAAAAGCCCCUAAUCUAUUUUCUGUAAUACCCGCCAUGCCGCUCGAGACAGACCCUCCUCCUCCAUUCACGACCACCGGCAGCAGUAGGGACUGGUUCUUCCCAUCACCGGCCUACAUCCACUCCCCUGUGAAACCCCAGAAAAAUCCCCGGAAAUUCACCACAAGCUCAAGAAUCUCACGCCCCUACCCUCCCGACCCGAGGCCUCCAAGGAUUUCGCCUUUUCGAGAGGUUCCCGCCUCCGACUCGACGCCGGAAAAGGACUUAAACUAUGCCGGGAUUCGCCGGAGAGUGGACCUCGCUCGAAGGAGGGAGAUUCGUUCGAAACCGAACGAAAACGGCGCCGCUUCUGGACGGAAGUCCGAAGUUACGGGCGUUUCGGGGACUAAGCUGGCCUCAAGCUGCAUUUCGGCGGAGAAAGAGUCUACUUCCAAGAAUUUUAUCGUGUCUUCUUGUCGAGGGUUGAAAAUUCGGUGGAAAACGGCCAUCUUAGCAGCCAUUUUGAUUACAGUAUUCUCCUCUCUUUUGCACAGAAACUUCUCAUUACAGAACCAAGUCAAUGAGCUGCAGGACCAGAUCUCCAAAUGCAAUAUCUCUUUUGAUGCUACCAAUUCCAUUAAACAGGAGAGUGAUCAUCAUCUAAGCAAAAACUUGAAAAUUUUAUCACUCGUGCUCUCUGUCACAAUUUUAUCCACCCCUCUUCUUAUUUUCAAGUACAUUGACUAUGUCUCUAAAUCAAGAUCACUGGACAAUGUUUUGGAAGAAGUUUCUCUUAGCAAACAACUAGCCUAUCGGGUGGAUGCGUUUUUAUCAGUCCAUCCAUAUGCUAAGCCAUUGGCCUUGCUAGUUGCAACUCUAUUACUUAUAUGCCUUGGGGGAUUGUCACUUUUUGGAGUGACUGAUGGUAGCUUAGCGGAAUGCCUUUGGUUAUCAUGGACGUAUGUAGCUGAUUCAGGAAACCACACUGACUCUGAAGGUAUUGGUUGGAGGCUAGUUUCAGUUUCCAUUAGCUUUGGUGGGAUGCUUAUUUUUGCAAUGAUGCUUGGACUUGUUUCUGAUUCAAUUUCCGAAAAGCUUGACUCACUGAGGAAAGGAAGAAGUGAGGUUGUAGAACAAAAUCACACUUUGAUUCUUGGGUGGAGUGAUAAAUUGGGAUCACUACUUAAUCAACUUGCUAUAGCCAAUGAGAGUUUGGGCGGAGGAAUUGUUGUAGUGAUGGCUGAGCGAGACAAAGAGGAAAUGGAACUUGACAUUGGUAAAAUGGAAUUCAAUUUCAAAGGAACAUCAGUUAUAUGUAGAAGUGGGAGCCCUCUGAUUCUAGCUGACCUGAAAAAGGUAUCCGUCUCCAAGGCCCGUGCAAUCAUUGUCCUUGCUGAAGAUGGAAAUGCUGAUCAGAGUGAUGCUCGUGCACUUAGAACAGUGUUAAGUCUAACUGGAGUUAAAGAAGGACUUAGAGGACAUAUAGUUGUUGAACUUAGUGAUCUUGACAACGAGGUCCUCGUUAAACUUGUUGGUGGAGAUCUUGUAGAAACUGUUGUGGCUCAUGAUGUAAUAGGUCGCUUGAUGAUUCAAUGUGCUCGGCAGCCAGGACUUGCACAGAUCUGGGAAGACAUACUUGGGUUUGAAAAUUGUGAGUUCUACAUCAAAAGAUGGCCUCAGUUGGAUGGCAUGCAAUUUGAGGAUAUCUUAAUCAGUUUUCCUGAUGCCAUUCCUUGUGGAAUCAAGGUUGCAUCACGUGGUGGUAAAAUUAUUCUGAAUCCUGAUGAUUCGUAUGUUCUACAAGAAGGUGAUGAAAUUCUUGUUAUAGCUGAGGAUGAUGACACCUAUUCUCCAGCAACAUUGCCUACGGUCAAAGAAGCAUCACUCAUACACAUUUCACGACCAACAAGAAAGCCACAGAAGAUUCUACUUUGUGGAUGGAGAAGGGACGUUGAUGAUAUGAUUGUGGUAUUGGAUGCAUUUCUAGCUCCUGGUUCAGAGCUUUGGAUGUUCAAUGAUGUUCUUGAGAAGGAGAGGGAAAAGAAGCUUAUUGAUGGUGGUCUUGACAUCAACCGGUUGAUUAAUAUAUCCUUGGUUAAUCGAGAGGGAAAUGCUGUAAUACGGCGUCACUUGGAAAGCCUCCCCCUUCAAUCUUUUGAUUCAAUAUUAAUUCUGGCCGAUGAAUCUGUGGAAGAUUCAGCAAUUCAAGCUGAUUCCAGAUCUCUUGCCACGUUACUGUUAAUUCGUGACAUUCAGGCAAAACGUCUCCCAUACAGAGAUGCCAUGGUAACCCAAGUUCAUAGAGGAAGCUCCUCACAAGGCUCUUGGAUAGGAGAAAUGCAGCAAGCUUCUAAUGAAUCAGUUAUAAUCAGUGAAAUUCUGGACCCAAGAACGAAAAACCUAUUAUCCAUGUCGAAGAUCAGUGACUAUGUUUUAUCAAAUGAACUUGUCAGCAUGGCACUCGCCAUGGUUGCAGAGGAUCGACAAAUAAAUGAUGUAUUAGAAGAGCUCUUUGCAGAGGAGGGAAAUGAGAUGCAUAUAAGGCAAGCAGAUCUCUAUCUUCGUGAUGGGGAGGAAUUGAGUUUCUAUGAGAUACUCUUACGAGCUCGGCAGAGGAGGGAGAUUGUGAUUGGUUACCGAUUAGCUAAUUCUGAGAGAGCUGUCAUCAAUCCUCCUGCUAAAGGGGAGAGACGAAGGUGGUCAAUGAAGGAUGUUUUUGUGGUAAUUGCCGAGAAGGAUUGAGUCACAAACCAGGUUUCAUUGGUAAGAAUGAAAUUUGUUCAUAAUCAGGAAAGGAUUAAAGAUCUUAGCAAUUGAGAUUCUA